AUUACAUGAUUAAAACUCAAGAGGCUUCAUCCACAUCACACAAGUAGCAGUUGCCCAGCCCAUACACUGCCGUCACGAAUCCAACGGAUUGAAGGGUACAAGGCGCUGGCGGGGCUCUUCAACACAAACAAGGAAGAGAUAUCACGUGCACUGGUUACAGUGGAAAUCAUUCCGUCAGUUCAUCGUUGGCUCUUGGUUGCUGUGUCCAGGAAGACAACAUUAUACGGCGUUUAAGCAGUGCCACAUGGUUCUGCUUCGGCACAUAUCCAUCGCCCUAACCGCCGCGGUGGCUGCCUUCGGGUCCGCGCUGUUUAUCGCCUUGAAUUAUUUCUACAGAAGGCGAAUAUGGUCUCCCGAAGCGGAAUAUUACAUGAUAAAAGAGGAGCACGAGGAGCGUGGAAAGCGCCAGGUGCUUGUCCUUGGCCUAGACGGUGCUGGGAAGAGCAGUAUCCUGCAGGGGCUGACAGCUGGAGACGGGGGCAAGAGAGGGCACUGCCGCCCCACCAGGGGCUUCAACUUUAUGAGCCUCAGUGCUCCUGCCUGUCAGCUGGAUUUCCUUGAGAUUGGAGGGGGUGAGGAUUUGCGUACGUACUGGACCGAGUACCUGAGGAAGACGCAUGUCCUGGUGUACGUGGUUGACUCCUCUGACAGAAAACGUCUCCCACAGGCCAAGGCUGAGCUGCAUCGCCUUCUCAGACUGGAUUCACAACUUCCUGUGGUGGUCCUGGGAAACAAACAGGACAAGCACAACGCCAUGAGUGUGUCGGAGCUCCAUGAGGCCCUGUCUCUGGGGGCGGUGGCUGACGAUAGGAGGCUGUUCCUCCUGGCUGCCCAGCUGGGCUCAGACGACCUGAUUGUCUCCCGCAAUCUGCAGGCCUUCCAAGACCUGAUCCUACAGCUCGUUUGAUUCCCUAGGACAGGAUGAGUUGAACUGGGGGUUGACCAUGCAGGUGGGAUGGGGGAGAGGCCCAUGGGUGAGCCCGUGUAUCUCCAGAUUGUCAAUUCCCCUCACCCCAAAAAGUUGCUCUUGAAUCUCUGGACCAAUCAGAAUGAAGCAAAUGCAGGUACCACAACAGCUGGCAGUGGUCCGUAGUUUUUUGGCAAGCAGUCAGCAACAGUGAAAUACAGUGGGGCAAAAAAGUAUUUUAGUCAGCCACCAAUUGUGCAAGUUUUCCCAAUUAAAAAGAUUAGGCCUGUAAUUUUCAUCAUAGGUACACUUAAACUAUGACAGA